GUGUCAUUAGUCCUCCACUGGAGCAGCUGGCAGCACUUACACACCUCCAUAGACUAACGCUCGGGAUACUUAACUCCACAAUCAUGGGAGAGGACGCGUCUCAUGCUGAGCGUAGCAGCAACAGAAGCAGCCCGGCCAGUCCCGUGCAACAACAAGAAAACACGGAACUUCUCAUCCCUAGUUUUAGCCCAAGUUCUGCCCCAUCCUCCCCCACGAACACCCUCAGCCGCCUGGGCUUGAAAACCCCGACAAGCCCCUCUCCAACUAGCCCAACCGACCGAAGCCAGGUGAGCGCUAUCACGGUCGUGGCGCUACUCGACAAACUAGUCAACAUGCUCGAAGCGGUGCAGGAGAACCAGCGGAGGAUGGAGCAGCGUCAAGCCGACCUGGAAGGUGCCGUGCUAGGGGUCCAAGGCGACGUCACCCGCUUGUCCAAGAGUCAUAGCAGCACCUCCAACAGCGUGAGCAAGCUGCUGGAGCGCUCGCGUAAAGUCAGCGGAAACCUGAAAGAGGUGCGUGAGCGCAUGGACAAGCAGGCUGUCCAGGUGAAAAGACUGGAGGCGAACCACAGCCACCUGCUGAAGAGAAACCACUUCAAAGUGCUCAUCUUCCAGGAAGACAACGAGAUCCCCUCCAGUGUGUUCGUCAAGGACUCCAUGAAAGUCCCCCAGUCAGCCCCCCAGCCAGCCCCCCAGCCUGACGAGGAGGCCUCCUCCCAGAGCGCCCCCUCCGUCACAGCCGAAACCAACCCCUCCCCUGAGGAGGUCCUCCAGACCAUCAGCCUCUCCUCUCAUGAGGAUGACGAGGCUGCAGCACUCCGCGAGCAGGACGAGCUCCUGGAGGGAGAGGCUGCCAUGAGGUUUGGUGCCAGCCACUCCACCCUGGAGAGGUCCCGCGCUGAGAAGCUCAAGCGCUCCAGCCUGAAGAAGGUGGACAGCCUGAAGAAGGCGUUCUCCCGCCAGAGCAUUGAGAAGAAGAUGAGCAAGAUCGGCACCAAGAUCGUCCCUCCGGAACGCCGGGAGAAGAUCAGGAAGAGCUUCACGCCCAACCACCCCAAGAGCCCCGCGGCCAAGAGCUCCUCCUUCAAGGUCUCUCCCAUGACCUUCAACGUCAAGAAGGUGCGAGACGGGGAGGCCCAUUCUCAGCCCGGGGGCUCGCCUGCGGAGAUUGCCCACGUAGAGAUCCCUCCUCUGGGCAGCCUGGACGGAGAUUCCACUGAGGUGCACACCCAGGAGAGUUUGGAAGGUGCGGAGGGGAGGUGGGGAGAGGAGGUGGCCAGCCCCUCCGCCCCGGGGAGCGGCGAGGUGGAGUUGAUCCUCAACGGAGAGGCGGGGAGCCUCAAGUUUGACCUGAGCCUUGACCGCCCUGCCGAGCUAGCCGUCCCUGAGAACGAUGAAGUGGAAGAGGAGGAGGAGGAGGAGGUGGAGGAGGAGGUGGAGAAGGAGAAGGAGAAGGAGAAGAAGGAGGAGGAGGAGGAGGAGGAGGUGGAGGAGAAGGAGAAGGAGAAGGAGGAGGAGGAGAAGGGGGAGCCAGAGCCAGACAAGGAGGAGCAGAGUGCUGUGGAGGACUCGGCCAGCUUACCUGCUGCAGCCGUUCCUGUGGAGCCAGCCUCUUAAGCUCACAGCAGUCCGGUUUACUGAUCGCACACCCUGUCAUGGUGCCACUUCCACCGCCAACAUGAGUCAGUCGCCCCUGCUACCAAGACUCUCUUACAUCUGCUCUGCUCCAAUGUCAACAUACAUAAGCACACACACACAAAUACAUGGUCAAAUGACAGUCAAAUUGACACGUGAUUUUUUUUUUACCCCUAUUUUGAGAAACCCGUUCAAGUUGGACUUCUUCAUCCUUAGCCUGAUAAAUUCCUGCAUCUGCAACAGCCGACUAAUGUAAUCGGAUAACCCAUUCACAUCCCUACUAAACCCUUCUGGACAACCAGCCAUCUCUCACCAAGUGCCUCUGCCUCUCUGGGCCUGCCCUGGAGGAGAACCAGGGUCUCAUAACUUAUCACCCAGUGAAACCAGCGCUUGUUGGAGAACAGCACAUCUCCAGGACUCCGGGCCAACUAUCUCGUCUGUGUCUGUCUGGAGCACUCCGUCUGGCUGACGAACGGCCUCUUUGUUCUCCUGCCUGGAGGAGGGAGGGCGGCCUGGAGGAGGGAGGGCGGCCUGGAGGAGGGAGGGCGGCCUGGAGGAGGGAGGGCGGCCUGGAGGAGGGAGGGCGGCCUGGAGGAGGGAGGGCGGCCUGGAGGAGGGAGGGCGGCCUGGCCGAGGCCAGAACGUUCUUGCAGGUUGCUGGCACCGUUGCCAAGGUGUCGGUAUGUGUGUUCUACUGUGUGGAAAGAGGGUGCAGGAAGCUGCUGUCUUGACUCUGAGUCGACGGGGAUAACGUGACUAGCUGGGGGGAUGGAAGGCAAGUCAGUUGUUAUCUAAUAUUGGGAUGCAAUAAUACACUAAGUAGUAGAUAUUAGGCAAUGGGGAGAAUAUCAUUUGAAACUAUAGCAGUUAAUUUACCAUACAGGAUAAUCUUUUAUUGUUGAUACCUGUUUUAAGAGUGUGUACUUGUGUUUACUAUGAAUCCUAUGAGUCACGAUACUGAAUCACAUGUAUCAAUGUAAGUACUCAGACGAUGGCCGAUCGUUAUGUAUUUUAAAUAAGGCUUUUUCACCUGUUUUUUGUGUGCCUUAAUUCAUUGACAAGAUGUUGCACUCACCUGUUUUAAACAGACACACAGACACAGGCACACACACUACCCCUACACACACACACAUCCCCCACACACACACACAAACGUACACAUCCCACACACACAUCCAGAGCCUUCCCUUCAGACGCGUCCCAGCAUGUAGUCCAGGGCUCCUCACGCGGGCUGCUGUCCUGGGGGUGGAUUCCUGCACAGAAAUAAGAGCUCUACACUCACUCUCUCUGGAUGUCUAGUAUAUUCUCCCUCAUGUUCCUCCUGUGUGGACCCAACCUCCAUGCAGUUUGCUGGGUCCUGGUUACGCUGUCAGAAAGUGGUGCGAAGGAAAACAGAGAGACCGAGGGAUUCUUAUAUUCUGACAGAUGAAUCCUGGAUGUCCCAUUCUUCAUGCUCUCGGCCUGGUGAGACGCCCAGGCUCUGGCUCACUAGCAGGGAGGGAGGAGUGAGACGAGGGCACUAGAAGGUUCUGCAUAGGGGAAGAAUACUAAGGACAUGUAUGUGACAUGUGCUGAACCAACAGGACAGGGGGUCUGGGUAUCUGCCAGGAUCUGUUUCUUAUACAUAAUAAGAAUAUAUUAGUAGGAAUGUAUUAAGAGCUAGAAAAUAAGGGGAUUAAGGAUAUGUGGAAAGGACACAGUGGAAAUGUAAUCAUAGAAGAAUAGAUUGAGAAAGUGAUUGGGCAGGUAACUGUAAAAUCUGUAUGUAAACUGUAGAUUUUCUUUCUGCUAAUUUUAGAGAACCAUUAGUAUCUCACAGAGAGAUUCUUAAAACAUAUGUAUAUGGCCCUUUUUGCAAUAGCCCACCACAACACUAGGUGAGAUGGCGUUUAGGGGGCCCCUUACUGAUGACUCAAAACUAGGUUAACAUCCCCCCUGCUAAUCACAGUGACAUUCCAUACUCGAUCUUGAACAUUUACAGCCCCAGGAUUUCUCUGGCCACUAAAAAUAUGAUGUAAAGAAAACCUGAGGGAAGUGCUGUUAGUCAUAGUAGAGUUAGUCAUAGUAGAGUUAGUCAUAGUAGAGUUAGUCAUAGUAGAGGUCUUGUCAACAAAGAAUACAAUUUUUGUGCUGAAAUGUAUUAGUGCUUGUUGGGCAACAUGUAAGCAGUUGAUCUUUCUACAAAAUAGGUGAUGUAGGCUACUGUGAGCAUCAUAAAUUAUGGUGAUAUUGAAAAAUAUAGUUAUGCAUUAAUUUACUAUAUCCGGCUAUACACUUUCUAUACGGUGUGAGUGUGCUCUCUUUGAGGGGGUUUUCUUGGAUAACUAUAGACUGUAAGCCCUAGAUACCAGUCUUGAAUAUGUCAAACGUGAAAACAGUUUGUAGAGGUCUUGAUUUCCACGUGAUUGUUGGUUUUCUUAUGUUUCUGUCUGAUUCUAACUUGUUGACCAACUGCCUUUUAAUAGGAUUCAUAAAGAUUUUACAUCACAUAUGAUGAUAUGAUUAAUUUCAAUUAUGUUUUCUAUGUAUUUUAUAUAUUAUGUACUCACAAUUCAUCCAGAGUAAAGUCACUCAAGCCAAAGGUAUUUCUCCACACUAACAUUCACUGCAAAGUAUUUUCUCCCUCUGAACCCAUGUUAAUAUGCUUGGAUCUUCUCAGAGUUUAGCAUUGUAAUUGACAAAUAAAUACUUUUAAUAAC